CAUUUGGGCAUAUCUCUGAUGUGCUGUGUUGGUUUGCCACAAUUACAAAGAAAUUAAAAAAAUGUUGAACCCAUGGUCUUGGGAGAAGAUGCGCAGGAUUUAACCCCCCUCCCCCCGUGGUGUUUGCUGCGGGAGUGCACCCGCCACGUGAAGGCGACGAAAAGCUGUGAGGGAAAAGUUUGAGGGGGCAGCCCGUUUGGGGCACAGGACACCGAAAAUGAAGAAUUAUGGAGGGAGACCUAAGAGCGGGAAGACCAACAGAUUCAACCCGUAAGCAAGGAGCUCCCUUCUGAUAAGACUUUCCUCAGCGAAGUGAGGCAUUCUCUGCCCGGGAGAAUUGUGUUGGCGCCGGGCGGAAGAGGCGAAGAGCGAACACCGAAAGCGUGAGACGGGGCGGCCUUGAGUUGUGGCCGCGCCCCCUCGCUGCGGCCAUUCGCCUCGCCUCCCGAAGAAGCCGCGGGUGACAGGAGUAAAGGGCGAGGAGGGCGGCGUCAGGGGGCCGCCUUGUUUUGGGGAGGCAGGCGGAAGAGGAGAGAAGGGGGAAGAUGUCGGGAGCCGGAGGUGGGGGCGCUUCUGCGGUUUCGGUCUUGGCCCCGAACGGGAGGCGAGUGACGGUGCGAGUAGGCCCAAGCACCGCGCUACUCCAGGUCCUUGAAGAAGUUUGUAGAAAGCAGAAUUUCAAUCCCAACGAAUAUGAUCUGAAAUUUCAGAGGACGGUGCUGGAUCUUUCUCUACAAUGGAGAUUUGCCAAUCUACCCAACAAUGCCAAACUGGAGAUGGUGCCAGUUUCUCAUAGUAGAGCAGGAACUGAAACCACAGUCCGGAUUGCACUACAGUUGGAAGAUGGUUCUAGGCUUCAAGAUACCUUUUGCUCUACCAAGACCUUGUGGGACAUUCUUCAUCAUUUUUCACAGACCAGGGAAUAUGUGGAGCAGCACAGUGAAAUCUCCCCCAUCUGUAUUUACAUGCGAGAUGAGGUGACAGGGAAGACUGCUUUGGAGAAGACAAGUCUGAAAUCGCUUGGGUUGACUGGAGGCAAUGCUAUCAUAAGGUUAGUCACCAAGAAGGCAAACACGUCCUCUGAUCCUGCACAAAUUGAGAGUAAUGAAUCUAUUUCUAAAGAACUCAUAGCAAGGCCACCUUCUACAGAAGACCCAAAAAGUACUUCUGUAUCACAUGCAGUUGCCUUCCCAACAAGUUCAAUUUCCAGCAAUGAGCCUGAAUUUGCCAACAAAUGUGGUGAUAAGAAGAACUGGAGUAAAGAAUUUCAGGAUGACUCAGAUGAACAUCAUCCUCCCUCCGAGUCUGUGCCUUCCUCAUUUGUCCCUUUUGAAGGUAGUGGACAGCGCCUGGGUGGCGGCGGCUCACCUAUUACAGUGGUAUCUCCUGUGUCAGAUGUGCCAGUGUCAAAUCUUCCAGCAUCUCUGUCCAGUCCUUCAGGGCCUUCCAAGCCAAAGAAAUCAAAGAACAGCCAAGAAAAAUUAAAGGAACAAAAAGAGUGUCUGGAGCGAGAGCCAAUUGUGUGCCAUCCAGAUCUGCAGCAGCCACAGGAUUCUGGCUCCCAAGAACUUCCUGAUGAAUUCUUUGAGGUUACAGUAGAUGAUGUGAGGAAACGUUUGGCUCAGCUCCAGAACGAAAGGAAGCGUUUAGAAGAAGCACCGUUGAUGACACAGGCACAACGAGAUGCUCAGAUGAAGGAGAAAUUGGCACGUUAUCCAAAGGUGGUGCUGAGGAUUUACUUCCCAGAUCGUCAUAUUCUCCAGGGUUUCUUUGACCCCAGUGAGACAGUUGGUGCUCUGAAGGUCUUCGUGAAAAGCCACCUUGCAGACCCAGAAAUGCCAUUUUAUCUGUUUAUUACGCCACCUAGAUCCAUCCUGAAUGAUGACAGCUUGACUCUCUUCCAGGCCAACCUCUUCCCAGCUGCUGUUGUAUACUUUGGAUCUGAGAAACACAAUGAUUACUAUCUGAGGAUGGAUCUUCAGGAGUCUGCAGUGUCCCCUUCAGAAGCUGAUGUUUUAGUAGCCAGGCAGUUGUCUAAGUUAGUAGUUCCUGUUACUCAGCCAAGUUCAGAACUUGCACAUGCUUCUCCACCUGCGCAAAAUGAAGAGGCUGAGAGUGUGGUGACUGGACAUUCGGAGUCCGUGACACCCCAUGAAGUACCUUCACCUCAAGCAAGGAGGACUCCAUCUGGAAAAGUGCCAAAGUGGCUAAAGUUGCCAGGUGGGAAGAGAUGAAGUACAUGUGAUACCCACCUUCAGAGGAAUGUCUUGUCUGGCUGAGAAGCAGCAGGUUCAUUUGCAUCAUUUCCUCCUUAUGAACUGAUUCUAAUAAUAGGCCAAAAAUUGGCUCAGCAAUUGAUUUUUCAGAAUAAAAUUGCAGUACAUCAUU